AUGGAUUUUCCGGAGAUGGAGUUGAAAGACGGCAAUACAAACGCUGCAAUUCGUUUCCUUUCUACUUAUCCGUUGUUGAACAAAACGAAGAAUCCUGGUGGAAAGGGUGCCCCGCAGUGUACUGUUCUUAUCAACGAAAUAGUCAGAUUUAUGACAGGAUGGGCUAUGGAAAAAGGAGUAGGUAAGGUUCACGGUUCACUCGCAUAUGCCUGCAAAGUCAGAGGGCAAACCCCCAAAGUGGCGAAGCAGGACAAUAAGAAGAAGCCAUGUGGACGCCCCCAAUGA